AUGGAAAAAGAACUAACAGAGACCCUACCGACCGACCGUCUGUUCUGGCCAAAAUGGCAGAUCAAGUUUGACGAUAACACAGUCUACCCAGCUAGCUUCAGUGGAGUACACUUAGGAACUGUAGCUGAGAGGCGGGCAGCAGAAGACACCAAGGCGCCCGUGCCUAGCCAGAGGCAUUUCUUCCCUCCACUCGACAUGAUCUUCAUAGACAACUACGUUUUCAAGCACUGCGAACGUCCCGACGUGAAUAUCGGCUUCGAUGUCGACGGCGGUCUACCCGAUACCCUGGACUUGGUCGAAAAGGUCGCCAUCGACGCCAGUUCCCUCUCGCAGUCGGAGGAGAAAGAUGAGAUAUGGUGCAAGAAGCUGCGCUUCAUUCUGCGCAACUUCCCAAGAGUCAAGGCUAUCACCGUCUUGGCCGCCGUGGUGCUUGACAUGGCAAGCCCUCCUUCCAUGCCGAAGCCGAUUUAUUUCAUGGACCUCGGGAACACCUCAGUCCAAGACCGCAUGCGGCACGGGAUUCUGAACGGAGAGGACCUGAAAAACUUCCCUCAUAACCCCGAGACCCUGCGGCCCAGCGACUUUGCGAUGCAAGAGUGGGACAAUUUGCCCGUCGAGUGGCCCAUGUUCGGGAAGCGCCGAAUCAAAGGUACUGCGCCAGAACUGUACAUGGGGACCAUGGUGUUGUUCGGUAAGGAGUGGGUCAGUCUGGAGGGGGUGGGGGCCCCUAGUCGACCGUGUAAGUUGGCUGAUCGAGGGGUGGACCCUAUGGGGGUGAUUGUCAAGAAGGAGAAGGAGAAGCUGGAUCAGGCCAGGGCCGAAGCAGCGGGCAAGAGAAUAAUAAAGAAGAAGAGCUCGGUGUUCUCCCUGAAACGAAAGAACUCUGGUUUGACGGUCUCGAGAAAGCCUUCGACGUUUUCUGUCAAGAGCCAGGCCUCGAAGGCAACCCUCAAGGCUCAGAAAUCACGAGAUUAA